AUGCCUUCCGGAGAAAGGAGACCACGUCUUGGUGGUUGGGGGAGGUUCAAAGUAACUUUUAUUACAUUUGCAUUAUAUGCUUUAGGAUUUCCCAUCUUGUUAUUUCAUAUUCUGCUACUGAUCGGCUGUGCAACCAACUCACCCGGUAUGGACAACAUCUACGUUGCCUCACUAUCUAACGGAGUUAGAUUCUCCUACACCUCCCUCUGCGCCCCCACCACCACCGGCCGCAUCUGUACUCCCUCUGUCGGAAAAUCUCCCCUCAUUCUCACCACCCUCUACAACUUCACUACUCCCCACUCAACCCUCCAAUACGCACUCGAUCUGCAAAAAAGCAUAUCCUUCGUCAUCCCCGCCAUGUCCGCUCUCCUCUUCCUCCUCUUCCUCCUCGCCCUCUUUUUCGCCCGUGGAAUCAUCAAAAGAAACGGAAACAAUUCUCCCUCCCACAUCUUUACCAUCACACUCCUCUUCUGGUGUUCCGCUGCUGUAGCUUUCGCUGCUGCGUAUUCGCUCACCUCGUCCGGCGCAGCAUUAGCUGUCCAUUCCCCAUCUUCCCUUUCGGCCUCAAAUUCAAACGGAGAAGUUACAGAGAUGAAUAUCGAGCCCGGAAAAGUAAUGUUAGCACUUCAAUGGAUAACAUGGAUUUUUAGUACCGUGGCCGCGAUGAUGAGCGGGAGUAUUACGAAAACGCUCUUAGAGCGAUCGUCGUCGGAGAGGAGAAAUAGUAGAAGUGUGAGUCCGUAUGCUAGAGGGCCGAGUAUGAGGAGGGCUAAUAGAUCUUUGGUUCCUCCAUAUAGUAGAGAUCCUUUGCCGAGAUCAGGAAGCCCGGUUUCGCCUAUUUGA